ACGAUGAAGGAUUGGUUGUUGUUAUUUGUCAAGGUUUACUUCAAGCGUUGUGAAGAGUAUGAGCGUCGUCUCGUUAAGAUCAAGGAGAUAUUUUGGCCUUUCCAGCUUUCGAUUCGAUUUCUCUGUUUUCGGCUUGUGUUUUAGUGAUUCCUCGUUUGAAUUUUAUCUUGGCUUUUCAAUCUCCUCACAUAAUCGAUUCCUCUUAGAAAAUUUUGUUGUUUUGGUUUGUUUCGAUCUUAUCUUCUUGGUUUCAUUUACAGUGAACACAAUUUAGAUAUAGUGCUUCUUCUUGUGUGAAUUCUUAGUUUAAACGAUAUGGCAUAUAGCUUUAGUUUUGACUGCUGUUUGAAUAAGUAGGAUUGUGCUCCAUUAAAAUAGAAUAGUUUUACUACCAUUCUUUUGUAUAGAUUUGAGCUAGAAAUAUUCCCCAGUGAUCUUGACUUUUGUUUUGUGCUUGCUUAUGAGUUACUGUAUUUUGGUUCUUGUACCUAAUUUUUUCUGUUCUCUCUUCGUGGAUUCAAUUGUGAACUAACUGAAUAAUUGCUCGUCUAUAGUGGCCUUACUUAACACUGUGAAUCUGAUGUUGUUUUAGUGAAUUUGGAUCUUUUAUGACAUAAUUGUUCAGUAUUCAUCUUCUAAUCAUUAUUCCGGACCAUGUUUUCAUCUUUAUUGGUAUAUUAAUGUUGUUAUAUACAUCUUUAGUUUAAACGGGUACAAAACAUUUUCUGUUUCAUGGGCAGGGUCUAAAUGGGCAGGGUGCGGCCAUUUUGACAUCACUACAAAGGCUUAAAUAUAUCUCUCUCUCCCAUCGCUGGAAAUCGGCUUGAUUCCUCCGUCACCACCUUGCCACGCCGGAGAUUUGGUCGCAAUGUUGUCGUUCAAUCUAUCUCAUCCUCUCUAUUUGAGAACCCGCCAUCUCAAGCUUUUAUCUUGUUACACAGAUUCGUCUUCUCCUUCAAUCGCUCGAAAGUUGAUCAAGGACUCGAAGCUAUCAAGAGUUUUCAGUAGAAAGCUACAAAUUGUAGACUAUGCUUCAUUAGUGCAAACCUUAAGCCAGAAAAGAUUGCCUAAAGUAGCUUAUGAGAUUUUCAUCCAAACGAAAUCAGAUAACCUGUUGCCAAAUUACAGAACGCUUUGUGCUCUUAUGCUUUGCUUUGCUGAAAAUGGGUUUGUUCUUCGUGCACGUACGAUUUGGGAUGAGAUUUUAAACAGUUCUUUCGUGCUUGAUCUUGUUGUCAUAUCAAAGCUCAUGUCUGCUUAUGAAAAGAUUGGUUGUUUUGAUGAAAUUUUCGUGAUCACCAAGGAUGUAAGUGUGAGGCAUUCGAAGCUGCUUCGGGUUGUAUGUUCACUUGCUAUAUCUUGUUUUGGAAAGAAUGGUCAGUUGCAAUUGAUGGAGGGUGUUAUAGAGGAAGUUGAUUCUAAGGGAAUGUCGUUAGAUUCUGGCACGUCUAAUGCGAUUGUUAGAUACUAUAGUGUUUUCGGUACUUUAAAAAAGAUAGAGCAGGCAUAUGGCAGGCUUUGGAAGUUUGGAAUUGUGAUAGAGGAAGAAGAGAUAAGGGCUGUGUUGCUAGCAUAUUUAAAAGAAAGAAAGUUUUAUCGGCUACGUGAGUUUUUGUCAGAUGUUGGUCUCGGUAGAAGAAAUCUAGGGAAUUUGUUAUGGAACUCUGUAUUACUUUCAUAUGCAGCUGACUUUAAGAUGAAAAGCUUGCAGAGAGAGUUUGUUGGAAUGCUUGAUGCGGGUUUCUCUCCUGACCUUACCACCUUUAACAUUCGAGCCCUUGCGUUUUCUAGAAUGGCUCUCUUUUGGGAUCUACAUCUCACUCUUGAACAUAUGAGACAUUUAAACAUUGUUCCAGAUCUUGUGACUUUCGGAUGUGUGGUCGAUGCAUACAUGGACAGGCGACUAGCAAGAAAUUUGGAAUUUUUUUACAACCAAAUGAACUUUGACGAUUCUCCUAUUGUCUUAACUGAUCCACUUGCAUAUGAAGUACUGGGGAAAGGCGAUUUUCAUCUUAGCUCAGAAGCUGUUUUGGAGUUUAGUCCGCGGAAAAACUGGACGUAUAGAAAGCUACUCGGAGUUUACUUCAAGAAAAAGUUGCGGAGAGACCAGAUUUUCUGGAAUUACUAGUCACCUACCACCUCUUUGCUGCAAAAACGUCAUGCUUUGCUUAUUACAAUCCGGAUGGUUUGAAACAUUGAGGUUGGAGAGCCUUCUUGCAACUAUAUUUACAUUUUUAUCAUAUAUGCAUGUAUUUACAAUGUUGUUCUGUCAAAUAGAUCGGUAUAUUAGAUUAUAUUACAAAGUAUAUUUUUUUUGUGCGAACAUAUUACAUAGUA